UCGGCCGCAGCCGCCGCCGCUUCGCUCCGCGCCCCGCGCUCCCGGGAGCCUCCCGAGCCAGCGCCGCGCCGCGGGGCCGGGCCGCUUCUCGCCGCCAUGUCCGGCGGGGACUCCACGGCCGCGGCCGCCGCCGCCUCCCCGCAGCCGCUGCCGUUCUCGCUGCCGAAGCCGCCGCCCCUCAUGCAGCUGACGCCGGGCGACGCCGUGCGGCCGGUGGGCUCGGGCGCCGACCAAUCGCCGAAGAGCGCGCGGCUGGCGGCGCGCCCCGAUUGGCCGGCGGGGAAGCCCGUCAGCCUGCUGGCGCCGCUGCUCCCGCCCCGCGGGGAGCCCGAGCCGCUGCUGCCCUUCGGGCCCGCGGCCCCGCGGCCGCCGCUGCGCGGGCGCCUCCUGGGCCGCUGCGGGGGCUCCCUGCUCAGCCCCGCCAUGCGGCCCGGCGGCGUCGACCGCGGCUCUCUCAUGAUGGGGCACCCCGGAAUGCCCCACUACCCCCCCAUGGGGAUGCACCCCAUGGGCCAGAGACCCCCCAACAUGCCCCCGGUGCCCCACGGGAUGAUGCCUCAGAUGAUGCCCCCCAUGGGAGGACCCCCGAUGGGGCAGAUGCCUGGGAUGAUGCAGUCGGUGAUGCCUGGCAUGAUGAUGUCCCACAUGUCCCAGGCUGCCAUGCAGCCCACGGUUCCUCCAGGAGUGAACAGCAUGGAUGCACAAGUAGGAGUAACCCCUCCUGGGACUCAGACAGCGCAUGCCGUGGUGUCCGCAGUCCAGCAGAGCUCCAGCAGCAGCAGCUCUGCCAGCGAGGAGCACUCCAAGCAGAAAUCCACGUGGACGGAGCACAAGUCCCCGGAUGGAAGAACUUAUUACUACAACACCGAGACCAAGCAGUCCACGUGGGAGAAGCCAGAUGACCUCAAAACCCCUGCUGAGCAAUUGCUGUCCAAGUGUCCCUGGAAGGAGUAUAAAUCAGAUUCUGGGAAGCCUUAUUAUUACAAUUCCCAAACAAAGGAAUCCCGCUGGGCAAAACCCAAAGAGCUGGAGGAUCUUGAAGCAAUGAUUAAAGCUGAAGAAAACAGCACGAAGCCGGAGGACGCGGCUGCCGCCACCUCGGCUCCGGCCGCGGCCGGGGACGCUCCGAGCGGGGCCAGCGCGGCCCCGGCCGCCGAGAGCGCCACGGCCACGGCUGCUCCUGCAGGAGCUGCUCCCGAGGGAGAAUCUGCCCCGGCUGCCACCACGGGGGACACGGACACGGCCAGCACGGCCACGGCCGAGGAGCAGGGCCAGGGCAGCGCCGCCCCCGGCACGCAGGACGGCAGCGCCGACACCGCGGCCGCCGCCACCGAUGAGGCGGCCAAGCAGGAGGCAUCGGGAGAUGCUGCUGCAAAGAAGGAGGAUGAGGAUGCACAACCAGUUAAAAAAACCUACACGUGGAACACAAAGGAAGAGGCCAAACAAGCAUUUAAAGAACUGUUAAAAGAAAAGCGGGUUCCAUCCAAUGCUUCCUGGGAGCAGGCCAUGAAAAUGAUCAUUAAUGACCCCAGAUACAGUGCUUUGGCAAAACUGAGUGAAAAGAAGCAGGCCUUUAAUGCCUACAAAGUUCAGACAGAGAAGGAGGAGAAGGAAGAAGCCAGAUCCAAGUACAAGGAAGCCAAGGAAUCCUUCCAGCGCUUCCUGGAAAACCAUGAGAAGAUGACAUCCACCACCAGAUACAAAAAAGCUGAACAGAUGUUUGGGGAGAUGGAGGUGUGGAAUGCCAUUUCCGAGCGGGACCGCCUGGAGAUUUAUGAGGAUGUUCUGUUCUUCCUGUCCAAGAAGGAGAAGGAACAAGCCAAGCAGCUGCGCAAGAGGAACUGGGAAGCUCUGAAGAACAUCCUGGAUAACAUGGCCAACGUCACCUACUGCACCACCUGGUCAGAGGCCCAGCAGUACCUCAUGGACAACCCCACCUUUGCUGAGGAUGAGGAGCUCCAGAACAUGGAUAAGGAGGAUGCCCUGAUCUGUUUUGAGGAACAUAUCAGGGCCUUGGAGAAAGAGGAGGAGGAAGAGAAGCAGAAAAGUUUGCUGAGGGAAAGGAGGAGGCAACGUAAAAACAGGGAAUCUUUCCAGCUGUUUCUGGACGAGCUGCACGAGCACGGGCAGCUGCACUCCAUGUCCUCCUGGAUGGAGCUGUACCCAGCCAUCAGCUCCGACAUCAGGUUCACCAGCAUGCUGGGCCAGCCUGGAUCAACAGCGCUGGACCUGUUCAAGUUUUAUGUGGAGGAUUUAAAAGCUCGUUACCACGAUGAGAAGAAGAUAAUUAAAGACAUCUUAAAGGAUAAAGGAUUUGUGGUGGAGGUGAACACUUCCUUUGAGGAUUUUGUCACUGUCAUCAGCUCCACUAAAAGAGCCACCACGUUGGAUGCAGGGAAUAUCAAGCUGGCUUUCAACAGUCUGCUGGAGAAGGCGGAGGCGCGGGAGCGCGAGCGGGAGAAGGAGGAGGCCCGCAAGAUGAAGAGGAAGGAAUCGGCCUUCAAGAGCAUGCUGAAACAGGCCACCCCCCCCAUCGAGCUGGAUGCUGUCUGGGAGGAUAUCAGAGACAGAUUUGUGAAGGAACCAGCAUUUGAAGACAUCACCCUGGAAUCUGAAAGGAAAAGGAUAUUUAAGGAUUUCCUUCAUGUACUUGAGCACGAGUGUCAGCACCACCACUCCAAGACCAAGAAACAUUCGAAGAAAUCCAAGAAACACCACCGGAAGCGCUCGCGUUCCCGCUCGGGCUCCGAGUCCGAGGAUGACGACAGCCACUCCAAGAAGAAGCGGCAGCGCUCGGAAUCGCGGUCGGUGUCGGAGCGUUCUUCCAGCGCCGAGUCCGAGAGGAGUUACAAGAAGUCCAAAAAACACAAGAAGAAGAGCAAGAAGAGGAGGCACAAGUCUGAUUCACCAGAAUCUGAUGUGGAACGAGAGAAGGACAAGAAAGACAGAGAGAGGGACAGUGAGAAGGAAAGAGCCAGACAGAGAUCUGAGUCCAAGCAUAAAUCUCCCACUAAGAAACGGCCUGGAAAAGAUUCCGGGAACUGGGAUACCUCUGGCAGCGAGCUCAGCGAGGGGGAGCUGGAGAAACAGAGGAGGACUCUUUUGGAACAGCUGGAUGAAGAUCAAUGAGAAGAUCCUUGAUACCAAAAAUGUUUACAGGUGGCAAAAUAAAACCAAGCCUUGUGUGGGCAAGGCCCUGGGGCCGGUGGCCGGUGGCCCAUGGCCACAACAGCGGUGGCUUUUAGUUUUUUACCACUUCAAUCCAGUCAAAAGUAGAAAAAUCCUUGGAAUUCUGAGGGCAGAGCUGUGCCUGGCCUGGAGCUGCGGGGUGGAUGGGGCUGGGAUCCCCUGGAGGGGACACCCAGGUGGCAGCAGUGUCCCCAAGCACUUUCCCAGUGUCCUUCCCAGGGCAGGGAACAACCCUGGGCUGCCUGGGCAGAGCCCAGUUCAGCUUAGGGAAAAAACUCCUAAUUUAAUUCUUUGUGCUUUUGUUCUUUGAUGGAUUUGCUUGGGUGGGAUUUUUGGGAAGGCAGCAGGAGUAAGGAAUCCGUGUCCUGCUGUGUUCUGCAAUCCCCUGGAUUCUGGGGCUUUUGUCCAGGACUGAUUCGUGUCCCGAUCCCAUCGAUCCCAAACGCAGGGAAUGUCGUGGAUGGGGAUUCUCCUGCUGUGCCAGCAGAGGGAGCGUUUGGGACACAACCACCUCGGCAUUCCCGAAAUCCCAGCCCGGCCAGCCCCGGCUGUUACCCAGCGUUCCUCUCCACCUUUUCCCUCCCCCUUCCGAAAACUUAGGAAUAAAAAUCCAAUGUUAAACGCAAUUCCAUGUGUUGCCUUAAGAACCUGCUGCAGAAUGUAGCUGCACAGCCCAGAGGAGGGAGGAGGAAGCAGCUCCAGCCCUGUUUUCCAGCCCCUGCACGUUCAGGAAGGUGCCCCAGCCCUGCUCGGUGAGAAAAUUGGGAAGCCGCUGUCCUUGGAAUAUUUUUGUACAUUUUUAUCAAUGAUUAAACCUUGUCUUUUAGCAUGUA